UUCUUUCUCUUACCCUCACAACACUAAACCAGUCACUUGCGCUUUGGUUCUGCACUGUCUGGUGACUCUGGUUUACUUCCACUCACUGAAUUUCUUUGUUCAAAUUCCAUUCUUUCGUUCUUUUGGAGCUUCAUAAAUGGCAACCGAAACCUUUCUCUUCACAUCUGAGUCUGUGAACGAGGGUCACCCCGACAAGCUGUGCGACCAGAUCUCUGAUGCAGUGCUCGACGCGUGCCUUGCUCAGGACCCUGACAGCAAGGUUGCCUGUGAAACAUGCUCCAAGACAAACAUGGUCAUGGUCUUUGGGGAGAUCACAACCAAGGCCGAAGUAGACUACGAGAAGAUUGUCCGUGACACAUGCCGCAGCAUUGGAUUCAUCUCUGAUGAUGUCGGUCUUGAUGCUGACAAAUGCAAGGUGUUGGUGAACAUCGAGCAGCAGAGCCCUGAUAUCGCCCAGGGUGUGCACGGCCACUUCACCAAGCGGCCGGAGGAGGUUGGUGCUGGUGACCAGGGUCACAUGUUUGGCUAUGCCACUGACGAAACCCCUGAAUACAUGCCGCUCAGCCAUGUCCUUGCAACCAAACUCGGUGCUCGCCUAACCGAGGUUAGGAAGAAUGGUACCUGCGCUUGGCUGAGGCCAGAUGGUAAAACACAAGUAACUGUUGAGUACUACAAUGACAACGGUGCCAUGGUUCCAGUACGUGUUCACACCGUUCUAAUUUCCACCCAACAUGAUGAGACUGUGAGCAAUGACCAAAUUGCUGCUGACCUUAAAGAGCAUGUUAUCAAGCCUGUCAUUCCGGAGAAGUACCUUGAUGAGAAGACCAUCUUCCACCUUAACCCUUCGGGCCGAUUUGUGAUUGGCGGUCCCCAUGGUGAUGCUGGUCUCACUGGAAGAAAGAUCAUCAUUGAUACCUACGGUGGCUGGGGUGCUCAUGGUGGUGGUGCCUUUUCAGGCAAGGACCCCACGAAGGUUGACAGAAGUGGUGCCUAUAUUGUGAGGCAGGCUGCGAAGAGUGUUGUGGCAAAUGGGCUUGCGAGAAGGUGCAUUGUCCAAGUUUCUUAUGCCAUCGGUGUCCCCGAGCCAUUGUCAGUGUUUGUUGACACCUAUGGAACCGGAAAGAUUCCGGACAAGGAGAUUCUCCAGAUUGUGAAGGAGAAUUUCGACUUCAGACCUGGAAUGAUCACCAUUAAUUUGGACCUCAAGAGGGGUGGCCACAGGUUCUUGAAGACAGCUGCUUAUGGACACUUCGGAAGGGAUGACCCUGACUUCACAUGGGAAGUUGUCAAGCCACUCAAGUCAGACAAGCCUCAGGCCUAGGCGUCUGCUCUAGAACUUAAUCCCUCCCUUCACAAUUCAUGUGUUGCUAAGUCUUCAUGAAUAAUUUGCGUGUUUCGUUAGUACUAGGUCUAAAGCCAUUUCCUUAUAGUUUAAAAACUGUUUUUUUUACUUAAAAUUUAUUUUUUUGUUGAUUUAAUAUUACUGUUUUGAUGCAAUUAAAUUUUAUGUUAAUUUUGUACCUAUUGAUUGUAAUCUAAAAGGGUGAAAAAGCCCCCUGCAACGCAUUUUAUAUUUCACAAAAUUGAAAAUUCCAUCCCUUAUAAGAUGUCUCUCUCUAGUUCGUUCU